GCUCCCGCGGGAUCUCACGGUGGGUGGGGCCUCGGGAGUUCGGAGGAAGAUGCUUUGGUGCUGAGGCGGCGGCGGCCCCGCGGCCGUGUCCUCCGCGCGGGCCGAGCCCGGGCGCCCCUGUUCCGAAUGGAGCCCCAGGCGGCCCUGCCUCAAGUGGCACCCGGGGCGAGGGCCCCCCAGUGCGCACGUCCCCCCGUUUAAACGCUUAUUCCGACGUUGGCGCUGGCCGGGGCCGGAGGGCGCGGGCACAACGUGGGAGAUGGGUUAGUGCUCAUGGCUGAGGUCCCGUGUGCUGGGCCGCGGAGGACGCGUCGCGGGAGGCCACGAUCGGCCUGUGAGAGCUGACUUGGCUGUGUGAGCUGCGGGCGGGCGGCGUCCCCGCACCGGGACCCAGCACCGGCUGCGUGACCGUGGGGACGCGCCCGCGUUUGACGCUGCAGCCCCGACCUCCGUAAAUUCCUACCCCCGGAGACCACGGCCUUGUGCUGCCCUGGAGGACGUGAACUAGUUGUGCCUCUGCCGGUGGUGCCACCUGACCCUCCACUUCCGGCUGCAGAGCCGGCCUCCCCGCCUGGCCUGUGUCCCCCCCGGGGUGCAUCCAUUGGAAUUGUAAGAUACUUCCCGUACUUGAUCAUGAGAACCAAAGAAAGUCUCCAGGAUUCAUCCCAGUCUCCCCAGCACUUUCCCUGAGGGGUUAUGAUGAACCGGCUGACUGUUCACAAAGGAAGGAGGAUCGUCCCCCAUCCUGUCAAUCACCACCUUCUGCAGUCAUUUCCAGAAGCUUCCCAUGGCUCUCACAAUGGCAAAACGAACUCUGCACAUGGCAGUCCUGCUGUGGGAGUGUCCUGGGGCCUCAGGGAUGCGCGGAGGCCCCGUGUAGGGCAUCACUUCCAUGGGCAGGGCCCGGCAGACACGCCUGUCAAACCUGCUUGCUCUCUGCUUCUCAACCAAGAGUGUGACACAGUCAGUCAUCCUCCUGGAGCACGAGGACAGUCAGCGCAUGGAGUCCCUGCCGAGGAGAGCAGUCUUUGGUGCCUGAAGUCUGAGUUUUGGAACAAGUCACAUGGCGUGAAAGAGCUGUCAGUUCACAUCAGCACUGGUUUGGCAGGCUCUUCCUGCUCUGACCCAGUCCUCCCGGCCGCCUACAGAGACCAGAGCGGUGGCCACACCUGACCGGGAGGGGACACCAGGUCCCAUCCCACUGCGAGAAGUCCCUGCACAGCCGGAUGUGAAUAUCUCUACCAGAGCCCCGGGCCCGCUGCAGCUCAGCCCUCGGAGACCGGGCCAUUGAAACCCACCCCCCACCAGCCAGGGGUCCGUGGCCAUUACUACCUACCCGAAAGAGUGGGUUCUCAGGCGCCCCAGUCAUGGCGGAACUGCGCCCCCCGGACUCCACGCUGACAGCCCUGGACGAGGACACGCUGUGGGACAUGACGGAGAGCCACCGCUGGCAGAUCGUGCGUAGCAUCUGCCCCAGCCGCCUCACCCCCUACCUGCGCCAGGCCAAGGUGCUGGGCCGGCUGGACGAGGAGGAGGUGCUGCAUAGCCCCAGGUUCACCAACACCGCCAUGCGUGUCGGGCACUUGCUGGAUUUGCUGAGGACGCGAGGGAAGAACGGGGCCAUCGCCUUCCUGGAGAGCUUGAAGUUCCACAAUCCUGACGUCUACACCCUGGUCACCGGGCUGCAGCCCGACGUGGACUUCAGCACCUUCAGUGGACUCAUGGAGACGUCCAAGCUGACUGAGUGCCUGGCCGGGGCCAUCAGCAGCCUGCAGGAGGAGCUGAGCCAGGAGAAGGGGCAGAAGGAGGCCUUGCUGCAGCAAUGCCGGCGGCUGCAGGAGCGCCUGGGCCAGGCCGAGGCCCACGCCGAGAGCCUGCGCCAGCUGGAGGCCGACCACGGACGCAUGAAGCGUGAGGUCAGCGCUCACUUCCAUGAGGUGCUGAAGCUCAAGGAUGAGAUGCUCGACCUCUCGCUGCGCUAUAGCAACGUACUGCAGGAGAAGGAGCUGGCUGCCACCCGCUGCCGCGGCCUGCAGGAGGAGUUGUAUCUGAUGAAGCAAGAGCUGCAGCGAGAGAGGCUGUCGGCUUCCUGUGAGCGGGAAUUUCGAGAGCGGUCCCUGAAGAUGGCCCACAGCCUGGAGUGUGGAGCCGAGGAGCUGAGCCACCUGAAGGAGGAGAAUGAGAAACUCCGGUCACUGACUUUCAGCCUGGCAGAGAAGGACAUUCUGGAGCAGAGCCUGGACGAGGCCCUGGAGAGCAAGCAGGAGCUGGUGAAGCGCAUCCACUCCCUGCGGGAGCGGGCUGUGGCCGCCGAGCGGCAGCGGACGCAGUACUGGGAAGAGAAGGAGCAGACCCUGUUGCAGUUCCAGAAAACUAAGGUGGACUGUGAGAUCUACAAGGAGAAGAUGAAUGCCCUGCAGAGCCAAGUGGUCGAGCUGCAGAAGGAGCGGGACAAGGCCUACUCUGCGAGAGACGCAGCCCAGGCGGCGAUUUCUCAGAACCUGACGGAGAAGGACGCCCUACGCAGGAAAGUGUUCGAGCUGACAGACCAAGUCUGCGACCUGCGCCAACAGCUCCGCAGGCUGCAGGCUGAGUCACCACAAGAGCCCAAGCAGGAAGUGGGGGCCGGGGAGCCCUGUCGGAGGGGGAAGCAGCGGCUCGCUCGUAUGUUUGCCAUCUGCCCGCGGGAUGACAGCCACUGCAGCUGCCUCAGCUCCUCCGAGGUACAGCCGGUGCCGCCUCCACUGCUGGGGCAGCAGGUGGCCUGGCACAUAGCUCAGCUCUGGUCUGACCUGAGCGCCACGUCCAGCCGCGAGCUGGUGGACAGCUUCCGCUCCAGCAGCCCCGUGCCCCCCAGCCAGCAGUCCCUGUACAAGCGGGCCACAGAGGACUUCCGGGACCCCUGGUCUUUCAGCGGCUUCCUGGAAAUCCCGGAGGCCGACGGGAGGGCCUCCCCGGGAUCUAAGGCGGGCGACGCAGACCUGGAUUACGAGAUUGUGGACAGGGCAGACCUUCCUGAGUCCGAGAGCAGCCUGCAGCCAAACUCCAGGAGCCUCUGCAUCUCAGCCAGCAGUGUCCCUGUGCGGCGGAGGCCGGCCCGCAAGAUUCUGAGCCAGGUCACAGUGCUGGCCUUCCAGGGGGACGCUUUGCUGGAGCAGAUAAGUGUCAUCGGUGGGAAUCUCACGGGCAUCUUCAUUCACCGGGUCACCCCGGGCUCGGUGGCCGACGAGAUGGCCUUGCACCCAGGCACGCAGAUCGUGAUGGUGGAUUGUGAGGCCACCGAGCCCUUCUUCAAGGCCACCCUGGAGGGCACAACCCUGGAGCAGGCCGUCGGACUUCUCCGGAGGGUGAACGGCUUCUGCUGCCUGUCUGUGAAGGUCAACAUGGAGGGUUAUAAGAAGCUGGUCCGGGACCUGGAGGCCAAAGUGGCAACCUCAGGGGACUCCUUCUACAUUCGGGUCAACCUGGCCUUGGAGGGACGGGCGGCGGGGGAACUGCAGGUGCACUGCAAUGACAUCCUGCACGUGACGGACACCUUCUUCCAGGGCGGCGGCUGCUGGCACGCGUCCCGCGUCAGCCCGUACAGCAUGAAGGACACUGAGCAUGGCACCAUCCCCAACUACUCACGGGCUCAGUGGCUGCUCGUCACCCUGGUCCAGGAUAUGGCUCAGCAGAGCACCGCUGCCCGCAAGCAGUCUUCUGGGGGACCCCAAAAGUUGGUCCGCAUCAUUAGUGUGGACAGAACCAAGGCCAGCCCUCUGUGUUCAUCCUUUGACGGGGCCCAGUCAGACGCCAGCAAGCUGGAAGAGCCCUGCACCGGGUGCUUCUGGGCCGAGAGCUGUGUCACCCUGGUGCCCUACACGCUGGUGCACCCCCACAGGCCCAGCCGGCCACGGCCCGUGCUCUUCGUGCCCAGGGUGGUCGGGAAGAUCCUGAGUGAGAAGCUGUGCCUCCUCCAAGGGUUUAAGAAAUGCCCAGCAGAGUAUUUGAGCCAGGAGGAGUACGAUGCCUCCAGCCAGAGAGGGGACAUCGUCCAGGAGAGGGAGGUGUCCGGCGGCCAGUACUGUGUGACCCGCCAAGCUGUUGAGUUCCUCAUGGAAAAGAACACCCACGCCCUCCUGGAUGUCCGCCUGGACAGCGUCCGCGCCCUGCACAGGAUGGGCGCCUUCCCCAUCAUCGUCCACGUCGCUGUCAACGAGAAGGCAGCCAGGAAACUCAGGAAGGCCCUGCAGCGGCUGGGCACCUCCGAGGAGCAGCUCCUGGAGGCCAGCAGGCAGGAGGAGGGUGAGCUGGACAGAGCGCCCUGUCUGCACAGCAGCCUGGCCCCCGAUGCCUGGAGUGACCUGGACACCCUGCUCAGCUGCGUCCGUUUCGCCAUCGCGGACGAGCAGAAGAAGGUCGUGUGGACAGAGCUGAGGACCCGCUGACGCCCGAGUCCUCUCCCGGGGCUGUGGGGGCUUUUGCGUCCCUCUGAGCGUGGUCCUGUCCUUUGAGCCCAGGGCCUCGCAGGCACAGCUUUUGGGGAGCUCGCCAUACAAGCCAGCUCUCGGGGCAUGGGCUCCCCUCUCACUGGAGUCUGACCUGGAUCCCUCUCUACGUGCAGGUCACAAAUGGGCACUCAAACCAUCUGCUCACUUUUCUGUGUAAUCCAUCCCCUCACCAGGGCUUGGCAUGGUCUGAACUGGACACCCCGAGACCGUUCUGUAGUGGGGGUGUCUUCUGUGACCUCAGAUGUCUCCAGGUAACCACCCAUCUGACCUGAUGGGCGCCUGCACUUUCCUUUUGCAUUUCAGCAUGUCAAUGGCCGUCCCAAACCCACUGAGGCAGCGGCUGGCAGCCCUGGUGCCCCUCCCCCCAUCACUGUACCCCUGCCCAGAGCAGAGGUACAAACCCACUUGUCACCUUGCCUAACUUUUCUCGGUUUCUCACGGCUAAGAGAUGCUUUAGUGUAACUCGUUUAUAGACUGUUUACCAAUAAAUAUUGUCUCCAAGCGAUGACAACAGUAUUUUCAGGGGGUCUGUGGCUGGGCCGCCAUGCCUGGCCCGAGGACCUGUGGGGUGUCCUGGAGAAGCUUCACAUAGACGCCUCUGCACGCGCACCAGCUGGGCUUCUCCCAAGACCGAGACAUGCCUUCUACCAGGGUGCCUCCCCCAGCCCCGUCUCUGGCCAUCUUCACUCCACCGCCAGGGCUCAGGAGAUUCGGGCAUAGCUCAGGCGAGGACCCCCUGGUUUUGCCUCCCCCUAGAAUGAAUGUCAUUUUGACAGUAGUGCCCCCGAAUCUGAGUACCUUAGGAAGUUGUUCUAGAAUUCAGGUUGGCGUUGUCAUAAGCAAGUUCAGAAAUAGACUCGGUACAUUUUACUAAAAUAAGCAGCUUUUGCAGUGCCCCGGCCUGUGGCUUUCCCCCCACGCCCCCAGGAUGGAGUUGGUGCGGGAGGAAGGGCAGUGGGAACCCACCCACUCGAGGGAGGAAGUCCCCUUUCUGGCUUUUCCCAGACAGAGAUUCUGCUCCCAUGGCAGGCAGAGGCAGGGCGGGUCUGGAGCAUUCCAGGAGCCGUGUCUGUUCCUCCAAACACAACGAACGCAGCCCGAGGAUGGGGCAGCUUCAUCCUUGGCGGUUCAAAAAGAAGCACGGGCUGUG